AUGUAAAUCAAUAGGAAAUUUAUUUUUAAUAAAAAUUGCUCAAAAAUCAGGAAUUUAGAAUAGCACAACGGUGGCAAUCAUUUUUAGUUUGAUUUUUCAUCAAUUAAAUUAAUUGACUAGACUUUUCUAUAUGUCUAGAGCGGAGUUAUUUUAUCAUCUUUUUUUGAUUAUUGUUUCCUAUUAUUUAAAGAGUAUAAAAAUUAAAAGAAUAUUGAUUUAGAGUAAAGUGAAUGUGAAAGAUAAGACACUUUGGAGCUAGGUUAGAUGGUGUUAGGAAGAAGAUUUUAUCCCAGCCAUAUAUUUAUGUUUAAAGCAGCCUUGAAAGUAAAUUACUUAAUUAUAAAAUAGUAUAUCCAUUCAAUAUUUCAAUUUUUUUAAGUUGAAGAUAGCAAUGUGAAAAAAGGCUUUCGAUUUUUAUAGUUUAGCAAUUAAAUAAGCAUUUUAAUAUUAAUAUCUACUUGGUAAGUCCUAGUUUCUAAUUUUGUAAUUAUUAAUGCAUAAAUUAACCUUAUUAUUUUAUUAAGCAUUAGAACAAUUUCAAAGAUAUUUUAAGCAAUUUAUUAGUUAGGGGUAAAAUUGCUAUAGCAGUGGGACUACUGUAUCUUUGCCUUCCUGUUAUGUAUCUAAUCCUUACCAUAUUUGUAUUAAAUUAAUGUAUAUUAUUAACUCAUAUUAGUGA